AUGGGCAGCAAGAAUCUAUUCACAGACGAGCAAUUGAUCAUUGACGAGCUCCCACAGGAAUUCGACCUGUUCGGCAAUGAACCGACUAACUACGACCUGUGCUGCACCCGGGAGCCCUCCGAGGAAAACACGAUCCACUUCGAUCCCAUCGGCCGUGGGUUUGGCGAGUUCUUUACCUACGCUUCGUGCCACUGGCUGGACCAUUAUGCCACCGUAACACUUGCCCCGACGCCAGGGAACAUAGAGACGCUGUGCCGGGCCGGCUCGAUGCGACUGCACAAUUGGAUCACACAAAACUGUCGCCCCGGGUGCACCCUCAAGCACCCUCAAGCCCAGAUUCCCAUUCGAUAG